CUAAAGGAAAAGGGAUUGAGUCAUGAUUUGUCACAGUCUGAUGCAUGUCCUCUGUAAUAUUCUGCUCUGAAUCUUUUGUCUGCCACGUUAAAGAGGAUUUAAAUCAGUAGAAAACUUCCUUUUGAUUUAUGUUUGUUUGGAUACUUGUCAUGUGUGCUAUCAGAGAUGUGAAGGUUUUUCUCUGGAUCACUUCACAUUCUUUCCAUUCCCCAUUUAGCCUCAGACAGAAGCACCUACUCACACAGUCACUGUCAUCAAAAAACCAGUGUGGGGUUUUUUUUUUUUUUUGACAUUUUUCGGCUUCCACGACUUUUUUUGACUGAAGAGAAAGAAGCUGCCGACUGAGGAGAAGUUUAGGGGGCAGAGUUCAGCGCCUCGCCUCAGGCUCGGUUUAUUACACUGCUUACAAAGAGGUGUGAAGUGGAGAGGGUUGGUGCUCACAGUGUAUGAUAAUGCCUUCCACUUGUGGUGGGACUUUCACAGACUUGACCACUACAUGUGGGGGCGGAUAAGAAGAAGUUUCCUGCUUGCGAGCGUCUCUGGCUUCCUGCAUUGGUCGCCCACUGCAGCUGACAUCAGGUUUUUGUGCUUCUCUUAGUAUUGGUUCCUCUUUUGUGGGGCUGGAUGAGCAGAAGGGAGAUAACUAAAAGCUGCAUAUGCAGAUUGUGACCCUGCACUGUGUGUUCAGCCGCCUCGGCAAAGGUUUCAUUAAAAAGGGAUUAUUUGGCACAGUGACGCCCAAAGAUAAAGUUUCCCCUCCCGAGUCUUUGCCCUCGUUCCAACUCUCACUUUCUGUCUCCCUCCCGCUGUAGCUGUGUUGAGAGACGUCCCGAGCGGAGCCCAGAUCCCGUUGUGGGUUAAUUAAAUCCCCGCCAUCGCCAUCAACACCGUCCCUCCCCCUGGUCGAGCUGAAAGAAAGAAAAAACCCCACCGUCCUGAGCGGGACAGCAUCUUCCCUCAGCCUCCGUCCUCUGCCUCCUCAUGUUCCUGCAGGCAGAGCGGAGGGCAGCGCGAACUCACUGUUACGGGGAUGGCGCUGCGCAGGAAGCUGCUGGUCUGCAUGUUGACCGUCAGCUUGCUGCUGUGCGUCUACGUCCUGUGUUUCAACCUGGAGAGGCCCUUCAGCUGGUCCAUCCCUCCGCUGCUCAGCGACUCCGAGGAGCCUCCUGACAGACCGAGCCUCGCCGACCGGGGGACCCAGCCGGCACCGACCACCCACCAGAACAGAGCCGCUCUGAACCCAGCUUUAAAGACUCGCACAGCCACCACUGCUGCUGCUAAACUGCAAGCGCAAGCAGAAAACGAUGCCCCGGAUCUGUCAAAGUCCAGCUCCAAGUCUGACGGUGCAGAUAAAACCAGAAACAGCACCAGAGGCCCAACAGUUCGGCCCAUGAAGCCUGCCAGAGCCACAGAGCCUCCGUUCGUCGGAGACACUUAUAUGAGCGACUACAUCAAUCCACAAACAGGCUGCACAGACGCUAUCAGACGUCGGGUCAACCAAACUGAAUUUGGUGGGCGCUUCCUGGAACAUAUUCCAAUCCUGCAGUGGGCCGAACAUGUGACGCCUGAACAAUACCAGCGUCUGAGCCGGUACCCAGGGACUCACGGCUGGGCGGUAAUCGAGUACAAGACGCUGCAGGAAACUCUCUCUGUCCUCAACUCUACUGCCAGCUGGCAGAUGCUGGACGACUGGAAGCGUCGCAGCAACAAGUCGGAGUGCAGCCGCUGUGCUGUGGUGGGAAACGGAGGCAUCCUGAAGGACUCCAAGAAAGGGAAGGAGAUCGACAGUCAUCACUACAUCUUCAG